AUGGCUCAGCCGGAGGUAGGGUCCAGCGGCUGGAAGACCACCGCACGUCCCGUGGUGUCCGGUGCGCCCCCGACGGUUCUUGAAAAUCCGGAGGACCGUGUGCCAUCCGCGCCCAGUCGUACUCAUAACUGCAUCAGGUCUCCAAGGAUUGGCUCUGAGGGCUGGGCGAGAGCGGGUCGUCGCGUGCCGGUCGGGGGACGGACUAGGAACGGCUUCCCCGGGGGCCUUCCCCGCGCGGUCAACAGUCGACUCAGAACUGGUACGGACAAAGGGAAUCCGACUGCUUAA